AUGCUGGCGACGCGUCUGCUUCGGCCCAGCGCCGCCCCUUCUCUCGUUUCCCGUUCCUUCGCUACCUCCAGCCUUUGCUUCAGAACCCCGUCCAUCAGGGACAUCACCCCAGACAAUGCUGCCACAUUCAAUGCGCGCCAGAAGGAGUUUCGUGACAAUCUCGAAGCUGCACGGAAGAAAAAACUAGAGCAAGAGAGUCAGUCGAUUAAUAAUUCUGUUUCUCCUUCUUCUUCUUCUACUACUACCACUACUACUACUUCUUCCUCUCCUGCUGCCCUCGACAAAGACGGCACGAGCGGCGCUCGUUCUGUAGUUGAUGCUGCCGAGCGUUUGGAUGGCCAGGCCUUGGGCUCACUUUCCACUCACCGAAUUCUAGGAGAAAAGCGUCAAUCCGAGCUUAAUACCCAAACCAAGCGUGGUCCGCUCUCUAGCCUUAUCUAUGGAACGAAAGAAGGCCAGCAGUUGGACAGAGAUAUCGAGAGAUCGUUUUCCGAAGUGCUUGCACGCGGCAAGUACGUCCAUUCGAUCGUCUUCCAUAAAGUCAAACCCGAUAAAGUCGACGAAUACGUGAAGCUGGUUGGAGAAUGGUAUCCCAAGAUGGCAGCAAUCGAGGCCAAUCGUGUGAACCUUGUCGGAAGCUGGCGUACUCAGGUCGGAGAUAAUGACACUUUCGUUCACAUUUGGGAGUAUCAGCGCUACUCUGGAUACCAUGCAUCGCUCCAUAACAUAUCAAAGCAACCCGAGUUUUCCAAGUUCGAUCGGCAUCUCAAAUCCCUCAUCGAUAGCAAGAGUACAUCUUUGAUGCAAGAAUUCUCGUUCUGGCCUACGACUCCGCCUCGCCGUCUCGGCGGUAUAUUCGAGCUCCGUUCCUACACCUUGCACCCGGGAAACCUCUUGGAGUGGGAGAGCCAUUGGCGCAAGGGACUAGCUGCCAGACGCGUGGUUAUGGAAGGAGUGGGCGCAUGGUUCGUGCAGAUUGGCGACCUCAACACGGUUCAUCAUCUCUGGCAAUUUGCAGACCUUGAAGAGCGUAAGAAGCGACGCGAGGAAUCCUGGAACAUUGAGGGUUGGGCCGAUACGGUGCACAAAACGGUCCCGUUAAUCCAGACAAUGAAGAGCCGAAUUCUUAUCCCCAUGCCGUGGAGUCCAGUGGGGUAA